AUGUCUGCAGCUGGCGGCGGAACAUUUCGGGGCACCCCCAACAAAACAAUCGGUCGAGGCAAGAUGCCCGACUUCGACUACAACAGUCCCUCGGGCUCUCACAUUCCGCGUCCCAAGCCUGACUCUACACUGGGCCAAAGCGAUGCAGGAAGCGCGGCCACUGCUGCCAGCAGACAAAGACAAAACCAGUCGAAACGGGACGAGGCUAUUCGCAGAAAAUUGGAAGCGGAUCUCAAUAAGAAGCGUCACCAAGUGCAGCGCCCUCGUCACAACCGUAAAGCUCCUCCGGGAACGGUGUUGGCCUUGAAGCCCAGCCAGGCCUUGCAAAUCAAGCCUAGCACGACCGUGGCCGAAGCUGCACAGUUAAUGGCUGCCAAAAGAGAAGACUGCGUAUUGGUCACCGAUGAUGAUGAACGGAUUGCCGGUAUUUUCACUGCCAAAGAUCUGGCCUUCCGUGUUGUGGGAGCGGGCUUGAAAGCGAGAGAAGUAACCAUUGCUGAAAUCAUGACCAAGAAUCCAUUGUGUGCUCGCACCGAUACCAGUGCAACUGACGCUCUGGAUCUCAUGGUUCGGAAAGGUUUCCGCCAUCUUCCUGUGAUGGAUGAGAACCAGGAUAUCUCCGGUAUUCUUGACAUUACCAAAUGUUUCUACGACGCUAUGGAGAAGUUGGAGCGUGCGUACAGCUCAUCUCGGAAACUCUACGACGCGCUGGAGGGCGUGCAAUCCGAACUUGGGUCCAGUCAGCCGCAGCAGAUUAUUCAAUAUGUUGAAGCUCUUCGCCACAAAAUGUCAGGCCCUACAUUAGAGUCAGUCUUGGACGGCAUGCCCCCAACAACCGUGUCAGUCCGGACUUCUGUUAAGGAGGCUGCUGCAUUGAUGAAAGAGCACCACACAACAGCGCUACUGGUCCAGGACCAAGGCUCAAUUACUGGUAUUUUCACCAGUAAAGACGUUGUUUUACGUGUUAUCGCUCCCGGCCUAGACCCUGCCACUUGCAGUGUCGUUCGAGUGAUGACUCCCCAUCCCGAUUUUGCCCCGACAGAUAUGAGCAUUCAAGCCGCUUUGCGUAAGAUGCAUGAUGGGCAUUACCUCAACCUCCCUGUCAUGAACGAGGCUGGUGAGAUUGUCGGCAUGGUUGAUGUGCUCAAGCUGACCUACGCCACCCUGGAGCAGAUUAACUCAAUGAACACCGGUGAUGACGAGGGUCCUGCUUGGAACAAGUUCUGGCUAUCUAUGGACCAUGAGUCCGAUUCCAUGGUGUCUGGGGGCGGCAGCCAUCGCCCACACACUCCUCACCGGUCUGUGCUUAGCCCAGAUCAUUCCAGACAAGGGCUUGAGCGAGGCAAUGAUAGCGUACUUCCGAAUGAUUCGGCUUCACACCAUGGAGAGGAUGUUCAUUCAGAACUUUUAGACCACCACCAUACGGAUGAUGUGGACAUCCCAUUUGCGUUCAAGUUCAAGGCGCCUAGCGGCCGUGUGCACCGGGUGAAUGUCAUCCUCUCCGAGGGUAUUGCUGCGCUUGUGACCAGCGUCAUUGACAAGCUUGGUCAAGAGACUGAGGCUGUUGGUGGUGAGCCAUCUAUCGAGGACGGAAAACUCAGCAGCACUGGAUUUGCUCUUAGCUAUCUUGACAAUGAGGGAGACACCGUUUCGAUUACAACUGAUCAAGAUCUCGCGGAUGCCGUUAACCAGGCGCGCAAACUACACCAUGAGAAGGUUGACCUAUUCGUUCACGAUCCCUCUCAACCACCAAUUCCAGCCACUGUCGAGCCGCAGCCAGUUGUCUCCAAGCCCCCUACGCCUCCCGAGUCUGUGCCUAAGCACGCGCAGGACGACGAAGACGAGGAGGGCUACAGCCGACCGAGCAAGCAAUCGUUGCCCCAACGUCCGGUAGAAGAGCAGCUUAUUGCGGGAGUACCCAAUGACCUGUUGUUGCCUGGCGCUAUUGUGACGCUUGCAGCUGUGAUUGCUGGUGUUUUCAUCCUCAGCCGCUCGAGCAGUAGAUAA